GAUCCUUGAUUAGGUUUUGUGCACGCACUGUCAAAGGCUCCAACAAACCGAAAACCAGUUUCAGAACAGGUUCAAAGCACUAGGAUGGGGAAGGCAUGUCUCUCGCCUGUGAGUUUGAUCUUCUUACUGCACGUAUCACUGGUCUCCUCCUACACACUGCUUUGCUACUACUUAGAAUGGUCCCCAUACAGAUUUAAAGAUAUUAAGUUCUACCCAGAAAAUAUUGACGCUUGCCUGUGCACCCACCUGGUUUAUUCCCAUGCCAAUACCUCAGAUGACAUCUCUCAAUGGGCAGAUGAACCUAUGUACAAGAGCUUUAAUGACCUGAAAGAUAAAAAUAAGAAUCUGAAAACACUUUUAGGGUUCGGAGGUUGGAAUUUUGGAACAAGAAGAUUUAGCAGCUUGGCAGCUACACAGGAAACUCGAGCAACAUUCAUCAAUGCUUCAAUUACCUUUCUGCGGAAGCACAGAUUUGACGGUUUAGACCUGGACUGGAGGUUUCCUGUCUAUCGAGGCUAUUCACCAGAAGAAAAACGACAUUUCACACUCUUGGUCAAGGAAUUGAUGGAGGCCUUUACAAACGAGGCACAGUCUUCUGGGAGGGACAGGCUCCUGCUAACAGCUCCUGUGGCUGCUAAUAAAUUGGCUGUCGAUGUGGGAUAUGAGAUAGCUGAGGUUUCACAAUACCUAGAUUUUAUCUCCCUCAUGACAUUUAAUUUUCAUGGGGUGUGGAAUAAUUUCACUGGACACCAUAGCCCCCUGUAUCGUGGCUCCGCUGAUCUUGGCCUCCAAAUUUACUUUCAUAUCGAUUAUAUUUUAAAAUACUGGAGAGACAAAGGUGCACCAUCAGAGAAACUACUUGUUGCAUUUCCAGCAUAUGGAAAUACCUACACCCUUAAAACCUCCCAAACAGGUGUUGGUGCUCCAGUUUCUGGAGGUGGUGAACCUGGUCCAUACACCCAUAGACGUGGAUUCUUGGCGUACCAUGAGAUCUGUCCAUUUUUGGAAAAUGCCACCAUUAAAUUAAUUGAUGACCAGAAGGUUCCUUAUGCAUUCAAGGGUGAUCAAUGGGUUGGAUAUGACAAUUGGCAGAGCGUUACAGCCAAAGCUCAGUGGGUGAAGGACAACAACUUUGGAGGUGCCAUGGUGUGGGCUUUGAAUCUAGAUGAUUAUGAUGGAACUCGAUGCAACGAAGGAUUUUCCCCUUUGACCAAUACAUUGAAGUCCAUCCUUGGCAUUGAUGCAUCUGGAUGUGAGACAUCACCAGGAACGCCAAAGCCAUGCAGUAAGUCAAUGACAGAAGCCAAAAUUAAAUUUUGGUGCUAUGGCAAGCCUAAUGGGGUAUAUCCUUUCCCAGGUUAUCCUCAUGCAUAUUACAAUUGUACUGGUAGAGAAACCCACAUAUUGAUUUGUCCUAGUAAAUUGCGUUAUGAUGAUAGUUGUCAGUGUUGCAAAAUGAAUGAGAAAUUAAAGCAUGAAAAUGAAAAUGAAUUUGAUAAUGAGCUAAUCUGCACCUGCGGCGGCUCCACCCAGGCCCACACCCUAGGCUUCCGUGCUCACCGCAGCGGCUCCUCCUACUUGUCGCGGCAUAGCCCCCGCGGGCUCUGCAUUGCCAGUGAUGGCCGGGUAUGGGCCCGACGCUCCAGCGCCAUCCAUUUUCAGGGCUAG